AUGCUCGCGCGCCUGCUGCUGCUGCUGCUGCUCGAAGCAGAAAUUUUCAUGGCAGCAGACUAUGCUCAGGGUCAAGGAUCCGGUCAAGUCGCUAUCCUUCUACCGCGACACGAUGGGCAUGACGCUGAUCGACAAGCUGCAGGCAUGGGAAGACGGAGGAGAAGGAGCGUGACCCGACAGCAGUUCCCCGACAUGAAGUUCGACCUCUACUUCCUCUCCACCCUCCCCGCCAACGAGAAGUACGAGCUUGAGCCCGGGUCGGAUGCUGCGCAUCGAUACCUGUGGACGAUGAAAGGAACCACGUUGGAGCUGACGCACAACUACGGGACCGAGACGGACGAGGCGUUCAAGUAUCACCCUGGCAACCAGGUAGCAGCCGAGUCGCUGGCUUCCCCUGACGAGGCUCAGGAGCGCGAUGGCUUCGGUCACGUCGCCUUCAACUGCAAUGAC